ACACAACGCGCCUAAAUUUUGGCGCGACCUGUUCCUGCGAGGGGAAGCCUAUGCUGCUGCUGUGUUCUGAAAGCAUUUAGUUGUUCAUCUGCUACAUUUGAACAAGUUUAUUUUCGCUGUCAGUUGUCAACGUUUCCGGGUGAUUUGGUGUGUGUUUUGUGUCACACACAGUCAUGGGUUUGCUGGAGCAGUGUGAGGAGCUCUUCAACACCUCUAAUCUGUAUGAAGUUGUGGGUGUUUGCAAAGAAGCUUCUGACUCCGAGAUCAGACGAGGCUAUUAUAAAGUCUCUCUGCAGGUUCAUCCAGAUAGAGCUCCUGGUGAUGAGUUAGCCACCACCAAGUUUCAGGUCUUGGGAAAGGUUUAUGCAGUGUUGGCUGACAAGGACCAAAGGGCGGUCUAUGACGAACAGGGAAUAGUGGAUGAAGAGUCAGACUCUCUUGAUCAAGAUCGCAAUUGGGAGGAGCACUGGAGGAGAUUGUUUCCCAAGAUCACAUUGCAAGAGAUCUUGGACUUUGAGAAGCAGUAUAAAGGCUCGGAUGAAGAGGUAGCAGACUUGAAGAGACUGUACCUACAGCAUGAAGGUGACAUGGAUCUGGUCAUGGAGUCCGCCUUGUGCUGUACUUCCGAAGAUGAGCCACGUGUCCGAGAUGUACUACAGCAAGCCAUUGAUGCUGAAGAGGUGCCGGCCUACCAAGCCUUCACUCACGAGAGUGUCAAAAAGAAGAACAACCGCAAAAGAAAGGCAGAAAAGGAGCGCAAGGAGGCAGAGGAAAUGCAGAAGGAGAUGGGCUUGAACAGUGAGGACAGCCUGGUCGCUAUGAUAAAGCAAAGACAAAAGUCCAAAGAAAGUGGAUUCAACUCUCUCAUCUCAGAUCUGGAGGCGAAAUAUUGCAAGAAACCAGCAGCAGGAAGGAAGGGCAAGAAAAAGUAGUUUUACCCGACUGAACCAUUUCUACCAAAUGUUAUCAUUUAUCUUGUGAUCUAAUCUAGAAAUGUACAUAAUAAAAGGACACUUUAUAAUGGAUAACUGACCAUUUGAUAGCCAUAAGACGCCUGAAUAAUAACAGUUAACACACACACUCUCUUCCAUUUAUUACAGUACAUUAGAUUAGUGUGAAUCUGCUGUGUUUUCAUGCUCAUACCAGCUUGUGAAACAAAUGAGAAGUGUUACUAUAUCAUGUUUUGUAUAUAUGUUUUCCCGUUCCAUGGUUUUGUAGUGUUGGAUGUAUUAUUGUUCGAGUAGAUUGUAAUAAACUUGUUUUGAUCAGUA